AUGACAAUUGCUAAGCAUGCUGCUAAGUUCGAAGAGCUGGUGAAGUUUUGUCCAUACUACAAUGGUGUGGCUGCUGAGGGGUCAAAAUGUAUCAAGUUCGAAAGAAAAUUGCGUCCCGAGAUCAAGCAAGAUAUUGGCUAUCAAAAGAUUCUCCAUUUUCCUAUGUCGGUGAAUAAAUGCAAGAUAUAUGAUGAGGAUUGUAGAGCUCGUUCUACUCAUUACAAGAGUCUUAACAAGAAGAAAAGGAAUAAUCAGUUUUAUGGAAAACCAUAUAAUGAUACAACUGAUAAAGGGAAGCAUAAAGAUUUAGAUGAUAAAAUUCCAAAUGGGGGAGAGACUCUCGCUUUAAUCAAGUACUUUAAGUGUGGGGUAACAGGUCAUCGGGCCAAUGACUAUAUGAGUUUUGAGAAGAAAUGCUUCAAGUGUGGAAAGACUAGACAUCUUAUUGUUGAUUGUAAGAGUAAUAGUUCGACUUGCUUCAACUGUGGGGAACUAGGUCACAUUAGUAGUCAUUUCAAGAAACCUAAGAAGGUUCAGUCCGGAGGAAAGGUCUUUGCUUUGACUAGUGGUGAAACACAUUCUUUUAUUUUACUUGAUUGUGCUGAGAGGUUAGAUUUAAAGUUGUCUUUUAUGGUUGGGAGUAUGGUUAUUGAUACCCUGUCUAACAGUUCAGUGACUAAUCCGUGGGUGUGUUUGAAUCAUCCGCUAACUAUUUAUGGUAAGAGUUUUGAGAUGAACUUAGUUUUUAUACCGUUGAAUCAACUCGAUGUUAUCCUUGGAAUGUACUGGUUAAAUUUCAACCAAGUUCAUAUCAAUUAUUUUGAAAAGUCAGUAUCAUUUCCAGAAUUUGAAGCAAGUGACAAGUUGUUCGUGUCUGCUAAGCAAGCAGAUGGAUGCAUGAAGGAUGAGGCUGAGGUGUUUAUGAUAUCAACUUCUAUGAAGUCUGAAAGAAAAUGUGCGAUUGGCGAAUUAACAGUGGUGUGUAAUUUUUCAAAAGUGUUUCCAGAUGAUACUAGUGAUUUGUCGCCAGAGCACGAGACUGAGUUUGCUAUAGACUUAGUACCUGGUACUAGUCAUGUGUUGAUGGAUCCUUAUAGAAUGUAUGCUUCAGAGUUGAGUGAACUGAAGAAGCAAUUGAAAAAGUUGCUUGAGAAGAAGUUUGUUCGAUCGAGUGUUUCGCCCUGGGGAGCACCGAUGUUACUUGUCAAAAAGAAAGAUGGUAGCAUGAGGUUCCGUGCUGAUUAUCAACAACUUAAUAAAGUGACUAUCAAGAACAAGUAUCCUCUUUCGAGAAUUGACGAUUUAAUGGAUCACUUUGUUGGUGCUUGCGCAUUCAAUAAGAUUGAUUUGCAGUCAGGUUAUCAUUAG